CCGUUUCUAGUGACGCAAGACCAUUUACCAACCUGUAGUCAUCAUAAACAGUGCAAGGCAGAACUGGAAUUUAGAAAGGAAAAUAAAACUACGUCAAAAUUUUCGUCAUCACAACACAUCGGGGCAAUACCUAUUUUGUGAAAACUUGGUUUUCACAGCAGUACAGAGUGUUUUCGGGACAUCGGAAUCUGCUUUCCUUGGUUUUAUGUCAGUACAUCAUAUAAGUAGUCGCACAGAUCGUAUCUACGGUGCGUGUCCAACGUACCGAGGAAACUAAAGGUCAUCUGUGAAUCGGACAGCACCGCUGCAGUGGAAAGUUGCUAUAAGCAAAAGGAAACCACCAACACAUUGUUCCGUGUGUGCAAUUUUCCAGGGAGACAGUCCUCUAGCCCGAGUAAGUGGUGCGCCCGACAGUAUAGAGACACACACAUAGGAUCCAGCUUAUGAUGUGCCCAUUGGCUUGGAUACACCAGGAACGGAUUGCUUGUUAAACGCACGAUUGCUGGACCACCAUUCGUGCCGGGUUACCCUGGCAACAGAAAUAGUAUCGCGAGGAGAUGUUGCCGUUUCUGGAUGAGACUGACGAGUUGUUCAACUACUGGAUUCUAAGGCUACUGGUGCUGAUCGUUAUCUAUUUCGCGUGGCGAUCGACUUACGUCCGGGAAGAUCGCCCGAAUGCAGCAGUACUCGUGAUUGAAAACAAUUUAGGACGUUUGAAUAGCAUUCAGCCACAUAGCGUCACGACGAUCAUACUGCGCAGCUCCUCACAGCAGUCCAAUAUAUCGAAUGUGACCGAAACAGAAGAGCUAGAUCUCGAGAACGAUAGCAUAGCCUCCUCGAUCGAUAACAUCACGCAGUCAAUUUUAACGGAAGCGUCCGAGUCUGCUACUGGGCUUGAUUUAAGCGACACCGAAGGAUACCCGGGCGUUGUCAGUACCCCCGUUGUGGACACGUUUCACGACAACGGACCGGAGGAAAUUAUUCGACAGAUGGACGCCACAGAAAGCGAACCUAGCGCUCAAGCCCCGCAGGUCGGUCCAUCGGUUGAAGCGACCGGAUUAAGACAGCGGACUAACGCCACCGUCAGCAGUAAUGACCCGCACGAGAAGGCAAAAUCCUCCAGCCCCGUUGACUGCAGCACUGAUAAGCCAAGCUCAUCGCGCAGCAGUUUAGCGGAGCCGCCUUUACCGACCAAACCUAUUCGAAUCAAGCUGAAAUAUCUGAAUGACGAUUCGAAGCUUGUGGAAGGAAAUCUUAACGAGGGUGUCGGUGAGUUUAAACGACGCAAUUUUACCCUCGAGCUGGCUGCCCAUAAACUCGUUCGAUUAGUAUUCAACGGGCACGUGUUGCAACCGGAUAGUAAGACGCUGGCCGCAUGCGGUCUGUUUGAUAAUUGUGUUGUCCAUUGUUUGAUACACAACCAAAAGUCGGCCCUCAAUGGUGCCAGUACCGAGCGACCCACCACGGAGGGUACGAUCGGCGAGAACCACAACCAUGAGCACGGCCCAAUCAGUGGGAUGGAACAUGGCGAUGGAACCGACCCCGAUGGGAUAGCCGAUGGACGCCGCAACACGGAUAUGGGCAACAAUCGAUCCGGUACACGGUAUGGAACGUACUUCAUCUACAUUGGCACGCUAGCAGUCACUGCGGUCAUACUGUACGGAUGGUACUGUCGCUUUCAUUACGGACACUUGUUCAAUUUGAACUCCACUAUUGGGCUGAUCGUAACGACCACCACGUUCCUGAUCAUGAUGCCGACCAUUAUUCUCGCCGACAGCAAUACACCGAAUUAAACGGGGCGUCGUAACAAUAAUGCAGAGGAGAUGAGAGAGAGAAAGAGAGAGAGAAAAAAAAACUACAAACUUAAACUCAAAAUCUACCGACCGUUGCCCGAUUGACUCCCCCCCACCCCCCAGAACAUAUUCGUUUUCUCGACGUAAGCCGUGCACAUCUGUUGCACGGUCGCUUACUGAACCCCCACAGACACGUGUUUAUUUAUCAAUUUUCUAUGUUAUUUGAUAUCUCUACAUGCUGAUUGUUUUGUACAUAAUGUGAUCAUCCAAUAAAAGGUACUCCUAAACGAACGUAA